AUGUUGGACCCAUCUUCCAGCGAGGAGGAAGGGGAUGAGAUAUUGGAGGUGGAACGCAAAGAGGUGGCGGCCCCGAAGAGCCUCGGAGGAGCGCGACUGUCACCGGGCCGAGCCGCCGACGGCCACGGUGGCGGAGGGCUUCAGCCCCGGGGCCGCGGGAGCGGCGGUGGCCGACCCUCCAGCCCCAGCCCGUCGGUGGGCAGCGACAAGGAGAAGGAGGACCUGGAGAAGAUGCAGAGGGAGGAGGAGGAGAGGAAAAAGAGACUCCAGCUGUAUGUGUUUGUGAUGCGCUGCAUCGCCUAUCCGUUCAACGCAAAGCAACCUACUGAUAUGGCAAGGAGGCAGCAGAAGAUUAGUAAGCAGCAGCUGCAGACGGUCAAAGAGCGCUUCCAGGCAUUCCUCAACGGAGAAACUCAGAUCGUGGCUGAUGAGGCCUUCAUCAAUGCUGUGCAGAGCUACUAUGAGGUCUUCCUGAAGAGUGACCGAGUGUCCCGGAUGGUGCAGAGCGGCGGCUGCUCGGCCAGCGACUCUCGGGAGGUUUUUAAGAAGCACAUAGAGAAGCGGGUGCGCAGCCUGCCCGAGAUCGAUGGCCUCAGCAAAGAGACAGUGCUGAGCUCCUGGAUCGCCAAGUUUGACACCAUCUACCGCGGCGAGGAGGACCCCAGGAAGCACCAACAGAGGAUGACUGCCAGCGCCGCCUCCGAGCUCAUCCUCAGCAAAGACCAGCUCUAUGAGAUGUUUCAGCAGAUCCUGGGCAUCAAGAAGUUCGAGCACCAGCUCCUUUACAACGCCUGCCAGCUGGACAACCCUGAUGAGCAGGCAGCACAGAUCAGAAGAGAGCUGGACGGACGACUGCAAAUGGCAGACCAGAUAGCUCGGCAUGGUGGAAGGUUUCCAAGGUUCUCCUCCAGGGAGAUGGAGGCAAUGUUCAUUGAGGAGCUGCGAUCGUCUGUCAACCUGCUGAUGGCCAACCUGGAGAGCAUGCCAGUGUCCAAGGGAGGAGAGUUCAAGCUACAGAAGCUGAAACGAGGCCACAACACGUCUAUCAUGGACAUGGGCCAGGAGGACGAGAACACGCUGUCCAAAUCUGACGUGGUGCUGUCCUUCACCCUGGAGGUGGUGAUUAUGGAGGUUCAGGGUCUGAAGUCUUUGGCUCCAAACAGGAUUGUUUACUGCACCAUGGAGGUGGAGGGAGGACACAAGCUGCAAACAGACCAGGCUGAGGCGUCAAAGCCCACUUGGGGUACCCAGGGUGACUUCACCACCACCCAGCCAUUACCUGCUGUCAAAGUGAAGCUGUUCACUGAGAGCACAGGGGUGUUGGCUCUGGAAGAUAAGGAGCUGGGAAGGGUCGUGCUACACCCAACUCCCAACAGUCCCAAGCAGUCUGAGCUUCAUAAGAUGACAGUGUCUAAAGGGUGUCCAGACAACGACCUCAAGAUCAAACUGGCCAUUCGCAUGGACAAACCACAAAACAUGAAGCAUUGUGGGUAUCUCUGGGCCAUUGGCAAAAACGUGUGGAAAAGAUGGAAGAAAAGAUUCUUUGUGCUGGUUCAGGUGAGUCAGUACACCUUUGCCAUGUGCAGCUACAGAGAGAAGAAGGCGGAGCCUGUGGAGCUGCUCCAGCUGGAUGGCUACACUGUGGACUACACCGAUCCCCAGCCAGGUCUGGACGGAGGUCGGACAUUCUUCAACGCUGUGAAAGAGGGCGACACUGUGAUCUUUGCCAGCGAUGAUGAACAGGACCGGAUCCUGUGGGUGCAGGCCAUGUACCGAGCCACUGGACAGUCACACAAGCCAGUUCCUCCUACCCAGGUCCAGAAACUCAACUCGAGGGGGGGCACAGCACCACAGCUGGAUGCACCCAUUUCUCAGUUCUAUGCUGAUCGAGCCCAGAAACACGGCAUGGAUGAGUUCAUUUCAGCCAACCCCUGUAACUUCGACCACGCCUCGCUCUUUGAGCUGGUACAGCGCCUCACCCUGGAUCACAGACUCAACGACUCCUACUCCUGCCUGGGCUGGUUCAGUCCCGGUCAGGUGUUUGUCUUGGAUGAGUACUGCGCUCGCUACGGCGUUCGAGGUUGCCAUCGCCAUUUAUGUUACCUAAGCGAUCUGCUGGAGAGGGCGGAGAAUGGAGCCAUGAUUGACCCCACCCUGCUGCACUACAGCUUCGCCUUCUGUGCCUCACAUGUCCAUGGAAACAGGCCAGACGGUAUUGGCACGGUGACUGUGGAAGAGAAGGAGCGCUUCGAGGAGAUCAAGGAGAGGCUACGGGUGCUUCUGGAAAACCAGAUUACACACUUCAGGUACUGCUUUCCAUUCGGACGACCGGAGGGAGCACUGAAAGCAACUCUGUCCUUGCUUGAAAGGGUUCUGAUGAAAGAUAUUGUAACUCCUGUUCCGCAAGAAGAAGUCAAAGCUGUGAUUCACAAGUGCCUGGAGCAGGCAGCUCUGGUGAACUACCAACGCCUGUCAGAGUACGCCAAACUGGAAGGGAAAAAGAGAGAGAUGUAUGAGCAUCCUGUCUUCUGCUUGGCGUCUCAAGUGAUGGAUUUAACCAUUCAGAAUGUAGGCCGAUUAGUCACUCCUGCCAAAAAGCUGGAGGACACCAUUCGCCUGGCCGAGCUGGUGAUUGAGGUCCUUCAGCAGAAUGAGGAGCACCAUGCUGAGGCCUUCGCCUGGUGGUCGGACCUGAUGGUGGAGCACGCCGAGACCUUCCUGUGUCUUUACUCGGCCGACAUGGACGCAGCUCUCGAGGUUCAGCCGCCUGACAGCUGGGACAGUUUCCCCCUCUUCCAACUGCUCAACGACUUCCUGAGGAUGGACUAUAACCUGUGCAAUGGGAAGUUCCACAAACACCUGCAGGACCUGUACGCCCCCCUGGUGGUGCGAUAUGUGGACCUGAUGGAGUCCUCCAUUGCUCAGUCCAUCCACAGAGGCUUUGAGAGGGAAUCCUGGGAACCUGUCAAAAGUGUACCAAGCUCUCUGCCCAAUGUCAACAUCCAAAUGCCCAAAGUACCAAAUCUAACAGUGCCACAAAUGCCCAGCUUUUCUCCACCCAACUGGAUGGCAGCUAAUCAUGACUCAGAUAAUGGUUCAGGGACAUCAGAGGACCUCUUCUGGAAGCUGGAUGCUCUGCAGACCUUCAUCAGAGACCUCCACUGGCCUGAGGAGGAGUUUGGCAAACACCUGGAGACCCGACUGAAGCUGAUGUCCAGUGAUAUGAUCGAGUCCUGUGUAAAACGGACGCGGGCUGCGUUCGAGGUCAAGCUUCAGAGGAGCAGCCGGUCCAUAGACUUCCGUGUGCCGCAGUCCAUCUGCACCAUGUUCAACGUCAUGGUGGACGCCAAAGCCCAGUCAGCCAAGCUGUGUGCCAUGGACCUGGGGCAGGAGAGACAGUACCAUUCCCAAAUUGACAAUCUAAUUGAGGAGACGGUGAAGGAGAUGAUAACGCUGCUUGUAGCUAAGUUCGUGGUCAUUCUUGAGAGUGUGUUAGCCAAGCUCUCCAGAUAUGAUGAGGGAACACUCUUCUCCUCUUUCCUAUCUUUCACAGUGAAAGCGGCUUCAAAGUAUGUGGACGUACCUAAGCCAGGGAUGGAUGUUGCUGACGGUUAUGUAACGUUUGUCCGUCACUCCCAGGACAUGCUGCGGGAGAAGGUCAAUGAGGAGGUGUACAUAGAGAGAUUAUUUGAUCAAUGGUACACCAGCACUAUGAACCUUAUAGGAACGUGGCUGACCGACCGUAUGGACCUUCAGCUCCAUGUUUAUCAGUUGAAGAUUCUCAUCAGGAUCGUCAAGAAAAAGUACCGUGACUUCCGCCUUCAAGGGGUGCUGGACUCCACAUUAAACAGUAAGAUGUAUGAAACCGUGAGAAACCGGCUGACCCUGGAAGAAACCACUGCCUCAGUGAGGGAAGGAGGGAUGCAGGGCAUUUCCAUGAAGGACAGUGAUGAAGAGGACAACGAUAACUAGAUCCAAGGGCCUGGAAAUGUCAAGGAUAUAGCUUUUCAGAGAGUGGUGUACUGCCGGACACCCAUACAGCCUUUCCAUGAGGUCCAAACAGACUGACCCAAAAUCCAACUUGUUCCCUCCAUCGUUUGCUUUGUCAGUUUUCAUCCUGUAAUAGUUCCACCUUUCUGUCAGAAUUCAUACCAGAAGAAAAUGCAUUUU